AUGCUCAAUCGAGUUCGACAAUUAGCGCCUUUACUCAGUGGUCUUACCACAUAUGUCUUUAAUAAACCAGUAAUUUUGAUGAAGCUUUAUCGAGAUGCUGAUAACAAUAAUUUCCUUCGAAUUGGAUUUCAUUAUAAUGGUUCACUUUUUUUUAAUACGCGUUAUGUUGAACGUACAUUUUCUGAAAAACUUGAUCUACAAGGUGAAAAUGAUUCAAAUAUGCAUGAUAUCAUCAAUUUUUACUUCAUAAAAUCAUGUCAUUUACUUGUACAUAAUGUGCAUGUUAAUCAUGAUAUCAAAUUUAUUCGUACUCUCGAAGAUACUAUAAUGAAAUUUUUACCAGCUAAAGAUUCAUUUUUUGAACUUUUUAAAUUUUCGUGGGAUUUUCAAUGA